CAUGGCCCCCUAAGUGCUCUCCUUGUUCCCGCUCCUGUCCCACGAUCCCUUGAAGUCCUCCAGAGCUAGCUCCACGACGUCACACGACGCUACACGACGUUGCACUGCGAGCUGCGAGAGAAUCGCGCCAUUCAUGUGUGAUGGCCUCACCACCAGGCUCCAAGAUCCAGGAUUUUGCCUCGCCAAGCUCUCCUACGCCUGCCCAGGACCGGCGGCCGUCCGCGGCAACGGCGCCUAGACUCCAUCUUGACACCCAUCUUGACACCCAUCUUGACGAGCACACGCAGAGCAGAAGCCGGGGAAGGUCUGCGACCUCAACGACGGCAACCGCAGCCCAGCCAAGCAUCGAGGAGGUCGUCUCUCCUGCCUACAGUCGCUCCUCCAUCGACACCGCUCUCCGCCGGCGAAUUACGCGCUCGAAUACUGUUCGUCACUAUCAGUCGCCGACACGAGCAACGUGGGAAGAGCCGGGUGCUGAGCCGGGUGUGGAUGUCAAAGAUGAAGAGGCCGCUGCACGCUUCGCACAUCUGCGCCAACAGUGCGAUAUCACCGUAGUUGACUUCUCCGCCGAGAGGAUUCAGACGUAUGAACUGGACAACGACACCCUGCAGGAGUUUGUGAAAAGACCCAAAGACGACUGGGUUGAGUGCCGCUGGGUCAAUGUCAAUGGGCUGGACUUCGACGUGAUCAGUGAGCUCACAACCCACAAGCAACUGCAUCGUCUGGCAAUCGAGGAUUUGAUGACAGGUCGAGAGCAGCGGACAAAGGUCGACUGGUACUCAGACCAAGCUUUCAUGCUAUUGACACUCUCGAAGCUCGUCCGGAACCCCAGCGACGAUUCAGACAGCGACUCUGAUUCUGAAGAUGAGCUACCUCGACGUGCGCGCUCACGCUCACGCUCUCGAGCUGCACACCAUGCGCAAAAGAAGAAGAGGAAGACGUGGAUGAAGCAGAUCAAGCACGCCCUCGGCCUGCACACUGGACCCAAGCAACCCAAGGACUUGGAGCAUACCCCUGACAGCCUCGAGAAGCGCAACACCAAUCUAGACGGCGCGAGUAUUUCUCGUGUCUCGACGUCGAAAGAGGGUACCGGGGGCAUUCGCACUCUCCAGCGCUACCGUGGCGGACCCAACCUGGAGCGCAUCCUCUACCUCGAGCAGAACUCGGCGCUCACCAGCAAGCACCUAACGGUCAGCGUAGAGCAGGUUGGCAUUUUUCUCUGCUCCGACAACAGCGUGAUAUCCUUCUUCGAGCACUCGGCCAACAUAAUCGAGUCCUUCAUCCUCAAGCGCCUCAACACCGAAGACACGAUCCUCCGCCGCAGUGCCGACAGUUCCAUGAUCGUGCAAGCCAUCAUCGACGCCAUCAUCGAUCUCGCCAUCCCCGUCGUCGCCGCCUACGAAGACGCUAUGGGCGAGCUCGAACUCGACGUCCUCGAGGACCCAGAAAUCCACCACUCGCAAUCCCUCUACCUACUCACCUCCGAGCUCUCCAUCCUGCGCAACACCAUCCAGCCCAUCAUCUCCCUCAUCAACGCCCUGAGAGAUCACAAAAGCGACCCGAUGCAGCAAAACUGGAUCCAGCACCAAAACUCCAACCUCGCGACCCGCAAAACAAUGUCCUCCAUCACCAUCUCGCCCCUGGCGCACACGUACCUCGGCGACGUGGAAGACCACUGCAUAAUGAUUACCGCCUCCUUGGACCAAAUGCGGCGCGCAGCCGACAACCUAAUCGACCUGAUCUUCAACAUGAUGGGCGCGUUCCAAAACGAGUCGAUGAAAGUGCUCACCGCCGUCACCAUCUUCUUCCUCCCCCUCACCUUCCUUGUAGGAUAUUUUGGACAGAAUUUCGAGCGGUUUGAUGGUGUGCAGCAUCAUAGCGACAGUUUCUUUUGGAUUAUCGCGGUGCCGGUCAUGGUGGUCACGAUGCUGGUCUUGAUGAGCCAGAAUAUUGUUAGGAAGAUCAGACGAUGGGCCGGCAAGUUCAAGCUCAAGAGGGCGAAACUCACGUUCGGGGCGCAAGAGGGUAGGAAUGGGGCGAAUGUAUUGGGGCUGACGCAUGAGCAGAAGAAGCGGGCGAAAAGGAGGCAGACAAUGUAUACCAAGGGGCAGAUUGGGUCGUUCUAAGGCCUGAAAUGUGUUUGGUGAGAGUAGCGUGCGCGUAAAGAUGUUGAAGCGAUGGGAGGAUUGGGGGGGGGGACGGAAAAGUGUUGAAGGUGGAAAUGAUACCCUAGAUUUUCUUUCAGACUCCAGACCUUGAAGCAACAUGAAUCAGGACUUCACUAGUGUACAUUAGGGGCUUUUGUACUUUGUGAUGUUUCUUUCUCUAGCAAUAGAAUUCCUUGAGACCCCACCUUCCAGCCCAGCAUAG